AUCGCGCUUGGCCCUGUAAUUCGCCAGCAUGAAACAACAAGCGGACUUUGUUUGAGAAGUCGUAACAUGAAGCGUAAGGCUGCAGAAGCGCUGCAGGAACUCAAUGGCAAUGGCCAUGCUCAGGUCAAGCGGCCGGCCACCGAAGCCAAUGGCGCAAAUGAUAUGCGCCCGCGCUUCGCCUCCGGACUCUUCUCAGACGAAACGGUAAAAAGCUACUCUUCCGCGUACGCAACUUCCGAACCCUACAGACAUGCCGUCGUCUCCGGCCUCAUCAACGACGACCUACUCCGCUCCGUUCGGAGUGAGAUCGUGGAGAACAUUCAUUUCACGCCCAAGGAAACGGACAUCUACAAGAUCCACCAAUCCGGUGACCUAGCGAACCUGGACGGCCUCGACCCGGCCGCUCUUGAGAAGUUGCCCAGUCUGUUGAAGCUGAGAGAUGCGCUAUACAGCCAGGACUUCCGGACAUGGAUCUCCCGCGUCUCCGGCGCGGGUCCGGUGAGUGGACGGAAGACGGAUAUGGCCGUUAAUCUCUACGUCCCUGGCUGCCAUCUUCUAUGCCACGAUGAUGUGAUUGGGAGUCGUAGGGUCAGCUAUAUCUUGUACUUGACUGAUCCGGACCGGCCUUGGCAGGCGGAAUGGGGCGGUGCGUUGCGGUUGUACGCUACCGAUAAGAUGAAAGGUGAGGAUGGGAAGAUGUAUAAGGUUCCGCGAUCGGAGUGGAGUAAAGUCAUUCCUCCUGCUUGGAACCAGCUUAGCUUUUUUGCUGUGCAGCCGGGGGAGAGUUUUCAUGAUGUGGAGGAAGUGUACCAUCCCGAGGUGCGCUGCUCAGACGACAGCGUCCACGACGGCCGAUUCCGGAUGGCGAUUUCAGGGUGGUAUCACAUUCCGCAAGAAGGCGAGGAAGGGUACGAAGCGGGUCUUGAGGAGCGGAUGGCGGAGAAGAGUAGUCUGCAGCAGCUGCAGGGCAAGGCUGAGCAGUUUGAUGAGCCGCAGAUGCACUGGCAGGAGCCGCUUGCGCUGCCUGGGGAGGAGAAGCAGGCGGAAGAAGACGAAGGCGAGCUUACUGAGGCCGAGCUCGACUUCCUGCUCCGGUUCAUGACACCUACCUACUUGACCCCCGAGACUGUAGACGAGCUCAACGACAUGUUCGCCGAAGAGUCGAUCCUGCAACUCAGUAACUUCCUCGGCGCGAAAUUCGCAGACUCCCUCCGCGAAGAACUCGCGCGACGGAAUGCAUCCGACUCCUCAGCCAACAUCUCCCGCCCGCCGCACAAACAUCGCUACCAGUACUCCCAGCUCCCGAACCCUGUGCAACCCCUGAGCUCCAGCCACCGCGAACAGAACGCAUACCUAGCGGUAUUUCACGAGCUACUCCCAAGCCUAGCUUUCCGUAAAUGGCUCUCGCUAGCGACAGGGCUGACACUGAAGCGCUGCUCGAUACUUGCGCGACGGUUCAGGGCCGGGUUGGACUAUCAGCUUGCGCAAGGCUACGAGGGCGAGCAGCCGCAGCUUGAGUUUACACUUUGCAUGACGAGUGGGAAAGGGUGGGGUGGCGAGGAGGAAGAUGGCGGCGCAGAGGCCGAGGCCCAGGCGGAGGCGGAGGCGGAUGUGAAUGGUGUGGCAGAGUCUGGUAGUAAAGGUAAAGGUAAAGCUAGUGUGACCGAGCACGGCGGUGUGGCGGAGAAUGAGGAGGAUAACGUGGGUGGGUAUGAAGUUUACAUGGCCGGCGACGAUGCCGAGGACGAAGAUGAAGGUCAAGGCGGCGAUGAUCACGACGACGGCGUCCCGGUGCCAACGAACAUACAGUCCUCCACGGGCGCUGGACAACGCCGCCAGGCUCGUUCGUCGAAGCGCGACAAAGCCGACCCAGCCGUCUACAAGUCCGCCGCAACCGAUGAAGAAGAUGAUGGGAUUUUGUUCAGCAACCCGGCCAGCUGGAACACGCUGAGUGUCGUGCUGAGGGAUAGAGGGACGUUGAAGUUUGUCAAGUACGUUAGUAAGAGGGCGCCGGGGGAUCGGUGGGACUUUACGGGGGCUUGGGAGGUGGAGGAUGGGGAUGAAGAUGAAGGUGAGGAGGUCGUGGAUGUGAUACCAUAAUUCUGGCAACUUUGGGUAUAUACAUGAGUCGUUUACUGCUACCUGAUGGGAUUGCUGGGGAUGUGGACGCCUGGCUGAGGCUGAGGAGCGUAUCGUGAAUGUAGCUUGUGUGUGUCGUAUGUUGCUUGUCAGUAGGUUUGUACCUCAUCAGCGGCACUACAAUUUCGGCCUGUACACCGAAGAGCGACAAUCUUCUGCAUUAGUACUGGAGA